UCUUUACCUAAAUAUUUCAAGAAAUAGAAAUAAUUUUGAAAGUAAUGUGAUUCCGAAGUGGUUGCUUACAACAUUAUUGAAUACAUAAACAGUUAAAGGGUGACAUUCUUUUCAGAUUUAUCUCGAAGACAUAAAAUAAUGAUCUCUUUUCAACUUCUCCAGCAAUCUUAGCGAAUUACAGAGAAUGGUUAUUACUUCUUGUUGAAAAAGCUAUGUAUGUUAAAUCAGCGCCGUAGAUGGCAAAUAUUUGCCCUGGCCCCUCUACGAAAAGAUUUCACUGCGCACAUACAAUGGCCUAUACACUUGAAGGGCGAGGAGGUUUUUUUGAAGUUCACGAAGUGUUGGAUAGAUUUUGUGACUGCAAACAAGAACUACAUAAUUAUAAGCAAUCUCACUCGGUGGUGUAGGUGGCGAGCAUACGAGUCUUCUUCUUGGAACUUUAUCCGGAAAACAUGGUGAAAGGCACUCAGUCUGGCCUUCAGUCUUAAGUUCACGAUCUAGGCUAACAACGAGCCCGAGCUCUGAGUGGGCGCAGCCUGCUCAGUUUAGACAUUGAAAUCGCUUAUUUACUGAAGAAGCAAUACAUGCGCCACUGCAAUCUAUGCUCGUCCUUUUAUAACAGACUGGACUAUGUAUUAUUUACCUCGAUUGUUGCAGCGUUGUAAGACGUGUGUUUAUUGCUUACGCGUUGAUGGAGAAAUGUAGAAAUCUUGCAGUACCCACGGUCGACAUAGCUUGGCGCAAAGAAAUGUGUCUUCAUUAUUCUUUCUUAUGCCAAAUGGAACGCAUUAAUGGCCGUUAAAAGUAUUGUAUAACUAUGCACUUUCUAAAGCUAUUUCUUUAAUUUAAUUUUUCCCCUAGCCAUAUUCCUGAAAUAGGCGAUAAAGCUAUUUCAUCUCGCCCAACCUCCUCGGCAUUAAACACAUUUCUUAACUGUUACCAAUGUCGCAAUUAACAGUCACGUACACACUAGAAGCUAGAAAAUAAACUUCUUUCCCGCAAAUCCUUGCUGCUUCAAUUACUUCCUGGUGUGGGCUUUUUAAAUGUUCACAUGAGACUCCCAGCUCCUCGCUCCAUUCCUAUCCAUAAAGUUGAGAAAGGCCUGCAGUAUCUUAGAAACAGGAGAAAUCAAUCCACCAUCCCCAUUACAGUUUUACUGGGAAAAUUGGGUUAUAGACGUUUAAACCUUUCCAAAAAUGCCCCAAUAAAAUUAUCCAAAUAUGGUAUCAAUUUAUUAAGCAAUGAAACAUUUGCAAAAAGAACCAGAUAAAUAUCAUGCCUCCAACACAUAAAUGCGCCGCUUGUUAGCAUUGCUGUACAGUAGCCUGGACCUUUAUAUAUGAGACUCUGGCAGAGAUGGUAAUUGUUAUUUUCACCCAUUAAAUCUUUGUCUGCUCCCAUGAUCAUACGUGUCAUUGGCUCAGAGGGAUUGCAAACGGGAAUAUUUUCAAAAUUUUCGAUAAAGAACAUUCAGGUUUUUAUAUGAUUUUUGGACGGCCGUGAUAAUUCUAAACAGUCGUUUGUGCUUAAAAACAAGCAUGCAUAAGGAAUCCUCCGAGACGGCCCUUUAGCAAACACGGUGCGUGUAAAGCCGGCCUUCAUAUCCCGCUGACUUUAACUAAAACGAUAUUUUAAAUAAUCUGCUUUAGAUUAACAACAUUUUCUGAGCUUUAAUCCAGCGCCAGAAGUUAAAAUAACUGCAAUUGGAAUAAUAGUACAGAGGUGGUGGUGGCGGUGGGGAAGAGGGUGGGGGUGGGGCGGCACGGUUCACAUUUUGAGUGCGGCUAAAAGAUGGCUCGUAGAAAAACACAGUAAUGUUAGAGAUUUAAUAUUACAUCCAAAUCUAAAGACGACUUUUACGGCGGCAUUGCUUGCUGCGCUGCAUUUUAUUACGGAGAUGGCCGAUCAAAAUACAUACAAUAUGACCGACACACAGAAUAGUUUCGUAUUCAGAUUCCCAUUGAGACAUAUUGAAGAAAUAUGCCACAAAUACACUGUUAAAAGCCUCCCUUGCCUUGGAUCACAAAGGAUUUAUGUAUGUGUGUGUGUGUGUGUGUGUGUGUGUGUGUGUGGGUGCGUGCGUGCGUGUAUUUGGAGGGGGCUCUUAUCGUUGUUGCAUUACUUUCUUUCUGCACUGAUAUUAUGAUAAUAGCUGUAGAUUGAGUAUAAUUAUCUUCCACCUUAAAUUCUGGAGAUAAAAAGUUCACCAAUCGAAGGCCCCAUGGAAAAAGGACGUGAUUCUAAUAAAGUAGAACUGAAUAAAUAAAGAUGCAUUUAGACGUUUUUGCAGUUUACCGAACACAUAUGGUGACCUUAUUGCCGUUCUGGUGACGUAGCCCCACCACGAAGGAGGGGCUUAUGGCCAGCUAUGCCAUUUGAUUGGUUCGUCCCGCCUGUCGUGCUGCGGAGGUAUCUCUAAUCAUAUUCAACGUGUUUGCACAAGAAAUGUCAGCCUGAACUGGAUAUCUUCUGCUUUCGCCAAAUUACCCCACAACAAUGUCAUGCUCAGACAGCCCGGCUGCAAACUCCUUUUUAGUAGAUUCUCUGAUCAGCGUGGGCCGUGGCGGGGAAGGAACCUAUUACCCCAACAACAGCGUAUACCUGCCGCCUGCCUCUGAUCUAUCAUACGGCAUCCAAAACUGUGGACUUUUCCCAUCUCUGAGCAAACGCAGUGAGAACAACUCUCAGAGUAUGGUCCUGACUUCUCAUCCCUACAUGAGCGGGAUGGAGGUCUGGUCAGAUCCUCCCAGGUCCUGUCGCAUGGAGCAACCUGCAACCCAGCAAGUAGCAGCAUGUUCCUUCCCCCAGAAUAUAAAAGAAGAAAAUGCAUAUUGCUUAUAUGAUUCUGAGAAAUGUCCAAAAAGCGCGGCAGCAACAGAUCUUUCCACGUUUCCAAGGCUAACAUCAGAAUCGUGCUCCAAUACUGACACUACUACUAGCGGCGGGGUUCCUGUGCCCGGCUAUUUCCGUCUGUCCCAAGCCUAUCCGACAACCAAACAGACACUUUAUACCAACACUGGGCAGGUUGGGGCCUCUCCGUUCGUGCCUCAGUCCCAGAUCCGUUUUGGAACACCUCCUUCUUCAGCUUCGACCCCGAGUGAAUUGGGGAGAAAAGGAAGCGAGGGGACAUCCCCCGGCCAUUUAACCUGCGGCUCGGAGAGAGAAGAGGCAGAAGCUCCGGCAUCUUCACCAAACGAAGAAUCUUCACCAGUCCAUUCAGAAAGCAGCAAAAACUCUCCUGAGAAAGAAACAAAAGGGGCAGUGAAAGCUGAAAAUGGGGCUAACUGGCUGACUGCAAAGAGUGGCAGGAAAAAACGAUGCCCUUACACCAAACAUCAGACCCUGGAGCUGGAGAAAGAGUUUCUUUUCAACAUGUACCUGACUCGAGAGCGUCGCCUAGAGAUUAGCCGCAGUGUCCACCUGACUGACAGACAGGUCAAAAUCUGGUUUCAAAAUCGCAGAAUGAAACUCAAGAAAAUGAACCGUGAGAACAGGAUUCGGGAGCUCACAGCUAACUUCAGCUUUUCAUGAUAAAUACAGACACUGGUUUGCCUAUUUACUCGGACAUCGGGAAGUUGUGCUAGUGUUACUGAAAGACUAAAAACUUUUCCACUUACCUCUGACUUCUCAGCCUUGUGCUGAUUGUAGAUAAAUGCGAUUUAUGUGUUUUUGUUUUUAUUUGUGGCGCUAGUCUGUUUCUGUAUCUAUAAUAAUAAGUGUUGCCAAUGAUAAGCAAGGCAUGCACAGAAGUUGUCAACCUAUAUGAGGAUUUUCCAAACAACUGCGGAGGGAUAGGAUUGUGAGGGGGGGGGGGGGGUGAACAUGUCAACAAUCAUUUAAUUGUGCUAGUUACCAAUUAUCAGCUACGUAAAUCGAACAUUGUAAUAUUUAAAUACAUUUAAUGCUGUUAAAAUAGUUCCAGGAUGAUGUUACUACCCAUAUACCGACAUGUUGAUAAAAAGAGUUAAAUGUGAAUAUGCUGUAAAGUGUGUUGUUACAUAAAUAUAUCACAUGCCAUGAAUGGAAACACCAUAGCACAUUUAAAUGUGAAACCUUGUUGCAAACAUAACUGAGUAGAAUGUCGGACCUUUUAUUCAAUGCCGUCGAUUCACUUCCAAAAGAAAAUAAAAUCAAUUAGAAUUGA